AUGAACUCACGAUCAUCUUCCUUUUCUGUGCCAUCAGCGCGCCUUCAUCAACGUCCCUCUUUUUCUCAUCGUCUAUCCUUUGCCGUAUCAAGUGCUGAACAAGGCGAGGCUACCAAUGUGCCUAAUGUCGCAGAACGUCAGAUAGAUGAGGAAAUUGAAGAGAUCAAACGUUAUGAGGAUGCAGCGAAAGAACAAAUACGAAGAAAGAUUCGGAAGGAGCAAACAGCUGGGUUUUUCGAGAGUGGUGGACGUGCUGGAUGGAGGUAUAAGUUAUGGGAAUCUUAUGAUGCGGCGCAAGCUUGGAUUGUGGUUACUCUCAUAGGGGCUGCAAUUGGUGUUAAUGCGGCGUUUUUGAAUAUAAUUACGGAAUGGCUUUCGGAUAUUAAGCUCGGAUAUUGCAAGACUGGAUUUUACCUCAAUGAGAGCUUUUGUUGCUGGGGAGAAGAUACUGGAUGCGAUGACUGGCAUAGAUGGAGCUCUUUCGCACCAGUUAACUAUGUAAUAUACAGUUUAUUCGCUACGAUGUUCGCAUUGACUUCAGCGAGUCUAGUAAGAUCUUUUGCCCCUUAUGCAGCUGGAUCCGGAAUUUCUGAAAUAAAAUGUAUCAUUGCCGGAUUUGUUAUGAAAGGAUUUCUUGGAUUCUGGACUUUAAUCAUCAAAUCAGUUGCCCUUCCCUUAGCUAUUGGAUCUGGUUUAUCAGUAGGAAAAGAAGGACCAAGUGUUCACUAUGCAGUAUGUACCGGCAAUGUCAUUUCUAGGCUUUUCGAAAAGUAUAAACGGAAUGCCUCUAAAACUCGCGAAAUCCUAAGCGCUUGUGCGGCAGCUGGUGUUGCGGUAGCAUUCGGUAGUCCUAUUGGAGGUGUUUUGUUUUCCCUCGAGGAAAUGUCCUCAUACUUUCCCUUGAAGACCAUGUGGCGAAGUUAUUUUUGCGCAUUGGUUGCAACGGCUGUUCUUGCAGCAAUGAAUCCAUUCAGAACCGGUCAACUUGUCAUGUUUCAAGUUCACUAUGAUCGCGAAUGGCAUUUCUUCGAGGUAGUUUUCUAUAUCGUACUAGGGAUAUUUGGUGGGCUCUAUGGUGCAUUUAUGAUUAAGUGGAAUUUGAGAGCGCAGGCAUUUCGAAAGAAAUAUCUCGCCGAAUAUGCAAUACUCGAGGCGACCUUACUGGCGGCCGGAACCGCUCUAAUUUGCUAUCCAAAUAUGUUUCUACGAAUCGAUAUGACCGAAAGUAUGGAGAUUUUGUUCUUGGAAUGUGAAGGAGCGGAAGAUUACAAUGGUCUUUGUGAUAAGGAGAAUCGAUGGAAGAUGGUCUUUUCUUUGACUUUGGCAACAAUCAUUCGAAUGUUUCUCGUAAUCGUCUCAUAUGGGUGUAAAGUUCCAGCUGGAAUAUUCGUCCCAUCUAUGGCUAUCGGUGCAUCCUUUGGUCGUACUAUUGGUAUUCUCGUCCAAGCUACUCACGAAGCUUAUCCUACAUCUGUAUUUUUUGCCUCCUGUCAACCAGACAUACCUUGUAUCACGCCAGGAACAUAUGCAUUUCUUGGUGCAGCAGCAGCCUUGAGUGGUAUCAUGCAUAUCACUGUAUCCGUCGUCGUUAUUAUGUUCGAGCUCACGGGUGCCACGACCUACAUUCUCCCAACUAUGAUAGUUGUCGGCGUAACGAAAGCUGUUUCGGAAUUCUUUGGAAAGGGUGGUAUAGCGGAUCGAAUGAUUUGGUUCAACGGAUUUCCUUUUCUGGACAAUAAGGAGGAGCAUACUUUUGGCGUACCGGUAUCUAAAGUCAUGACGGCUGAUGUGGUUGUUUUACCAACAACAGGUUAUACAAUGAGGCAUUUAGAAAAAUUGCUUCUCGAAGACCGAUAUCAAGGAUUUCCGAUUGUAGAGGAUAGGGUGUCUAAGGUUCUAGUUGGAUAUAUUGGCCGCACUGAAUUACGCUAUGCAAUUGAUCGCGUUAAAAGAGAUAGAACCAUCUCCCCUUCAGCAAAAUGCUAUUUCUCGCCCUCGAAUAAUAUUUCAACUCAUGAUCCCAUCACGCCUACUACGCCGGCAGGUCCCACAAAAUUUGAAGGUAUGGCAUCAUCAUCUGUGGACUUUAGUCGAUUUAUAGAUUCCACCCCUGUUACUGUCCAUCCUCGAUUACCAUUAGAAACUGUUAUGGAAUUAUUCCAGAAGAUUGGGCCUAGGGUAAUUUUAAUCGAAUACCAUGGGAAACUCGAAGGCCUGGUAACAGUCAAAGAUGUCUUAAAAUACCAAUUCAAAGUGGAAGCCAAUGAAGGAUUCAGAGAAGAAAGAGAUCGAGCUUUGUCGAACAAUGAAGAAAGGCUUUGGUACCUGAUGAGAAGUGUGGGAUCUUGGGUUGGGAAUAAAGUACAUAGCGCCAGUGGUGGAAGAAUUAGACUUGCUAGUGGAGAGACGAUAGGAAGGAGAGAAAGCCCAAGAUUUCCUCAAGAUCAUGGAAUUGGACAUAUAGUGGAUGGAACGGAAGAUAGAUUUAAUGACGGAGUUGAGCUAGAGGAUCGAUAG